AUGAAUAUCUUUGUUUUGCUUUUAUUUUUGAUAAAAGCCGCACAGUCAUGGAAAGUGUUGGUUCCAAAUGCAAUUGAGCACCAUGUAGUGUUUGGCACUCAAGAUCGGAAUGUUCUCCGUUGUGCUGUCAGUGGAUUGGCUCCUGGAUCUUCUGCGAAGGUGGACUGGCAAUUUGACCAAAGGUACGCGCGAAAGGUUCACAAACAUCCAUCGAGUGAUGGGGCUCAGUUUUUGACCUUCAACAAGAAAGUGACCACUUCUGAUUCUGGCCGAUUUGUAUGUGUGGCCGAGUUCGAAGGCAAAACCCAGGACUACGAGGUUUUUGUCAAAUUUAUCGGCAAGUUUCUUUGUUGCGUUCGACUUUAUUUUUCAGAUGAACCAAACUUUGCGGAAGUAGAAUCUGUUCAGCAUCCCAUCAUCAAUCAAGACGCCAGAAUCAGAUGUCCAGUCACAAACCUUCCGGAAAAUAGUGAGGUAUAUUGGACGAGGGAUGAGUCCAUUCUCAUUGAAGAUGAUCAAACUUCCUUUGAAGACGACAGGAAAACCUUAGUUUUCAAAAAUUAUUCCAAAGAUCUUGACGGAACUUAUACUUGCAAUGUCCCCUUUCUGGAACGAGUGACCACAAAAAGUAUUGAUGUCUCCGGUUAUCGUAAGUGUUCUCACUUUUGCAUUUGGAAAACCUUCCGUGUUUUGGCCCACUCAAAUUUUUUGAUUUUUUCGUGGGCUUGAGGUGGGGAACAAACAAGUAGGGUGAUGUCUAGAGUGGAAAAACGAUAAUUUAAUGGUACUGUUGGUGUUUUAUUUAUGAGGGAGUGCUUGAAGUGCGGCGCUCUGAUUUUCUUUAAGAAAUAGGUAUGGAACUUUUCACGCUAAAAAGUCACAUUUUUGCCAACUUCGAACGUAAAAAUCUCGGUCGUGUCUGCAAAGCGCGAGCUAGCCGUCUUGCAUACGUCUUCGAAAGAGAUUUUCUAAAUUUAUGGCAAGUUUCAUCAAAAUCUGAGCGUCGCACUUGGAGUACUUCCCUUGUUUGUUCUUUUGCCAUCAUCAUAAGGUCUACUUCACGUAAAACCGCGGUCAGCCAGGGAUGGAAGACGGUCAGGGCUUUUCCAGGCCCGGCCGGUUUUUUUUGAAACGCCAAGCCUUGCACACGUCAAUAAUCGACACUAUUUCUUGACCAAGAUUUAAUCGAUGUAGCGUUUCGUCAAAAAUAUAAUUUUGUAGAAGAGUUUUGGCUGCUUUUUCUUGGCUUGUUGGGACAAAAGCUUCCUUUCUGGUGACAAAAUAACGUUCUAAUUUUUCCUUGAUUUUUUAGGACUAGUUUUGUCUAGGGUUCGGUCGGGGUAUAUACCCAAAUACCCGAGAGGCCGGGUAUUUAUGGAAAUUUUCAAAGUACUUUUGCAUUCAAAAAGCGUAAAAAAAAGUCGAGUUUUGUCAUAAAAAAUCAAUAAAUGUUGACAUUUUGUCAUAAUUUGUUUUUUGCCGUUCAAAACUUGGUUCUAAGGUUGAAAUUACUUGACCAGUUGCCGGAGUCGGAAAAUGAACGGGAAAAAAUCGAAAUCUGACUGCGAAAUAUUGGAUUUCUAAACUUUUUCAUUGUUGAAGUACUAGUUUUGUUCGUUGUAGUUGGAAAAAAAAGAAUAUCACCCCAAACGUGAUUAAGAUUAAGUUAAUGAAUAAGUUGCAAAAUACUGAUAUCUAAAAAUUUUUGGACAAUCGAAAACGUCUAAACGGUUCCGGAAAUGCGCUGGCUUGACGGUUGGCAUUCAUUUUUCGCGACGGGAAAAAUUUUUUGAUGGGAUUUUAUUAUAUUCCAGCUCGUUUGGCCCUGGGAAUAAUGAUAGAGACAGUUUAAUAUUCCAGAGGCCCCCAGUAUUACUGACUACAACUUACCAAACUUGGCUUUGGAAGGCAAAGACUCGUUCUUCAGCUGUCUGGCUGAAGGUAUCCCACCCCCAAAAGUCGAAUGGUUAAAAAUUACUGUAAGUUUACAGCAGAGUUUCAUUCUAAAUAAUCUCAGAAUGCCAAGAACACCGAGCAGAUCUCUUCUUCUCCCAAAUAUGAUUUAAGUCAAGAUGGAGUCCUCGUUAUAAAGAAUUCGUCCGUCCUGGACACGGGCGUUUACAUCUGUUCAGCAUCCAAUGAAUUAAAUUUGAGAGACAGCAGAAACGUCACUUUGGAAGUUAUCAGUAAGCAAUAAUACGCUUUGUGAAAAUGAGUAAUAGAUGCACGACAUACUAAGAUGUCGAGCAAUGUCAUGUAAUUGAGACGGCAGAAAAUUUGUUGUUUAUUCUUUUCAGCUCGUCCUCGGGUUAUUCCUUUUGAUGAGGUGAUCGUGAGAGAAGGAGAAAGUGUUUCUAUCCCAUGCAAGACUUUUGGUACUACUGAAUCUGUUUAUUGGGUAACACACUCUGGCCUUAAAGUGGAACCUCUCACCGAAAACGCGGCUGUUGGCUAUCGAGUUGAAGAUAAUACCCCUACCUUGGUGGUGCAGAACGUCCAGCGAAAUUCUAAUAACAAAUUCCGCUGCAUCGCUCAAAACAAGGCUGGAUCUUCAUCGGAAGAUGCCCAGAUUAAGGUGUUUGGUAUGUUGCACUGUAUGUAAAAUACUGUUUCAGUCGAACCCACCGUAAUCAAAAAAGGAAGUGAGGUAAGAAGGGCGGUCAUCGGCGGCACUCAACCUGCCAUAUCCAUCUCUUGUAAUGUAACUGGAACUCCCACGCCAACGGUUAAAUGGUAUAAGGAUGGGAAUGAACUGGAAGUCGAUGUCGCCACAUACUCAUUGGAUGAGGCGAGUAAUGAACAGGCUUCGACGUUAUACAUUCGUCCCAGCUCUUCCUCCAGUUUUGGAACUUACUUCUGUGAAGCGGAGAAUCGCCUGGGAAAGGACAAAGGAGAUGAAAUCCGUCUUCUUCAAGUCUUGGAUCCUGCGCAACCUGAAUACAAAUGUGAUUAUCUCCUUCCCACGACUGCCAAGUGCGAGCUGAUCCUUGAUGGAAUCUCCGAAAGUCGUAUCCCAACACAUUACUCAGCUCACUUCCUAACACCCGUAGAGUUUGAAGUCCACAACCUUAGGCCCUACGAAAAUAUGGUCGAAAUCGAGGGAUUGAACACAAGCUCUAAAUAUACAGUCAAGUUUAUGGCUCACAAUGAAGUGGACUCUACAGGAUGGUCUUCUCAUGUCUACCAUGUUGAGACGUCGGCUCCUCGAGCUCCGGAUGCUGUGAAAGAUGUGACUGUAGAAUGUGGGGAGAGCUGUAAAAUUGAGUGGACUCCCGGAAGGGAUAAUGGGAGACCAAUCACUGCUUAUGAUGUCACCUUGUUCAGAGAUGGAUCGGUAAGUGGGAGAAAGUAGAAUACGUAAUUUUUUUAUAGACAGCUGUGUGGUCCGGUAUCUCCAACGAAACGUCUACUGAGGUAUUCAGUCUGGAUUCGAGAACAAAGUAUGAAGUACGAGUCGAGGCUCUCAAUGACAUUGGAGCAUCUGUUGUUACUACUUACAAGUUCGAAACACCAGGUUUGUUUGAAGUUUAUUUUAGAAUGUUUUAAUGUUACUCAUUAUAGAAUUUCCCCGUUCAUCAGGAUUGUACAUUAUGGUCUUUGUAAUCUUCCUCAUUUCGAUCUUGCUGAGCAGUCUUGCAAUCGACUUUGCCAUCUACAGACUCAAAGGAAGGUCCCUGUUCCAGGCUGUGUACAGAUGUGGAAAGAAGGCUGAUGUCGACAACAAGGUCAACAAAACUGAGGAUCAGUCUCUGCUGGUCGAGUCAGGAAAGGCUCAGGUAUAA